AUGCCUCGAGGAUUCCUGGUGAAGAGAAACCGGCGCUGCUCGGCGUCAUACCGAUCACGGAAGAAUAAUAACAGUAGUAGUAAUAAUAAUAACAAUAAUGAUGACGACGAUAACAAACGCACCGCCGCUCCACCGGGAGAAGGUGCUGAGCGUUUUCCCGUUGAGCGGCCGGACCCACUGCUCUCAGGGUCCCGCGAGGACUCCGCCGGUGUCCGGGAGUCGUGGAGCCCGCAUGUGGAGUCCGCGCUCGAGGCGGAGGCGGACAGGCGGGCGCAGCUACCGGAGAGCGAGGAGUCGGUGACCGAGGUGGACAUUCUGACUCCCGACGGGGAUUUCUCCCGCUUCUCUCCUCAUCCUCCUCUUCCUCCCGCGCCUCGCGACCUGACUUUAACGGAGUCUUGCAGCCCUGUCAAACCGGUUGGCACGAGGCUGCUGGAUCUGCGCGGGGAGGAGGAAGAGGAGAAGCAGCUGUUGUUCCCCGGCAGGUGCCUGACGUCAUCCCCGGUGUCGGAGUCACCGGCGGAGUUAGCGGAGCUGCCGUUCCUGCUCGGCUCCACGCCGACCUCCGUGUCCGCGUCCAUCGAGAGGAUCCUCGCGGGCGACAGCCGCCACCACGCGCCGUCCUACGGCCAGGAUGAGAACUUCGGCCCGAACAUGGCUCACGUGCACCUGUACCCGCCGCUGACGCUGAUAAACCACCAGCAGCAGCACGCGGCGAGGAAACGCUCGUUCAUAGAACCGGAUCAGCGCUUCGUGAAUAACAGACAGGCCAAUGCCGCUGGCGGAAACCCGAGCAAGAAACCCAAAGUGAACCGGAGACUGAACUUCGAGGACGAGGUCACGACCUCCCCGGUGCUCGGUCUGCGCAUCAAGAAGGAGAGCCCCGAGCUGAGGAGGCACCGGGACAAGGCUGUGGCCCCCGGGAGCCAGCCCUUAGGGGAGUUCAUCUGCCAGCUGUGUAAGGAGGAGUAUCCCGACCCCUUCUCCCUCGCGCAGCACAAGUGCUCCCGCAUUGUGCGCGUGGAGUACCGCUGUCCUGAAUGCGACAAAGUCUUUAGCUGUCCCGCCAACCUGGCCUCUCACCGCCGCUGGCACAAACCGCGUCCGGUGAACAACCACGCGGGAGAGCCUCCGAAAACCAAAAGCCAGCCGUUAACGGAGGCGCGAGGGCUCAUGCAGCAUGAGAGACAGCCGGUAGAGAUGGAGGGCAAAGAGAACGAGCUGCUGCGCGUGAACGGUAAUCAGCACCACGGAGCGCUGGACAGUUCCCGCCUCCGGCGCGAGCCGUCCCUGCUGCUGGUCCGCGGGCGGGUGCGGGACAGUCCUGACGGCGACAGCCUCGCGCCUCCUCACUACGACGCCUCCUCUCACUACCGGAAUCCAGGUGAGAACUGUCUGGACCUGCAGCAGCACGUGAGAGCGGCGGACAGCCCGCCGUCGAGCCUCCUACUGCUCAACAGCAGCCCGGAGGAGCGCGCGGAGCAGCCGCAGCCGCCGUCUCUCGCGCCUCCUCCGCUGCAGUUCGUCCAGUCGUCACCGGAAGAGGAAGUCUACGAUUGUCGGUACUGCGGGAAGAAGUUCCGCCGACAGGCUUACCUGAGGAAACACCUGGCCGCGCACGAGGUGACAGCGCGAGCCUCUUCGCCCCUGUCUCCGUACGGACAGGCGCGCGAGAGCAGCGGCGGACAGAGCCACGUGUUCCCGUGCCACCUGUGCGGCGCGCGCUUCCCGUCUGUAGAAAUCAGGGACAAGCAUCGUCUGUGGCACGCGAUGAGGGACGACUUACUGACAGGGGCAAUGGGAGGGGGGCUCAGACCGGAGGUGCUCCACGCGCACAGAGACGACAACGGCGCCGCUGAGUGCGAGCAGCAGCAGAUCUUCACGUGCAAACACUGUCCGUCCACGUUCUACAGCUCCCCGGGGCUCACGAGACACAUCAACAAGUCUCACCCCACCGAGAACCGACAGGUGAUGCUGCUGCAGAUGGCCGUCCGACCGUAA